AUGGCUUCCAGACGGUCGGAGAUUAUCUCUGUCAUUUUACUUCUUUUCCGCUUUUCUGGCAUAGAUUGUGUCACUCCCUACGCCGAUAUUGUGCAGUAUAAAGAGGAGUACACCUUGCCGGAUUUACCUUACAGUUAUGAUUCUCUUGAACCGUUCAUUGACGAAGAGACAAUGCGUGUUCACCAUUUGGGUCAUCAUGCGGCCUACACAAAGAAACUGAAUGCGGCCUUGAAAAGCUUUCGUGAAUCGGUAUGUGAAAGAGAAUAACGUGUUGUCGCGUUAUGUGUUUUGUCGAUAGGUCUUGUUUGAACGUUUAUGAUGCAGAUGAAAAUAUUUUUUUCUUUCUGGAGAUAGCAUCUUUAAUUGGGCCAAUCUGCAGUGCAUUUAGUCCACCCCUACCCCUCCCCCCCCCCCCACCCACCUGUACCCUGUUAUUACAGAGCUUAAACAAAGGCGAUUUUGAGUGAUGCAGCUCGACUGGAAAUGAGUCCUUUUCCCAAAAAUAUGCCUUCUAUUGCUGAGUCGUCUACCUCUUAUAGAGACAAUAAUGUACCUGAAAAAGGUUGCGUAAACCACUGCCCAAGCACGCAAAAAGUCAACUUCCUGUUGAUCAAUAACUGAUCUGUAUAAUUGUGCAAAAACACGUUUCAAGUUUAAGUCUCCUAUGUACUGACGUCAGGGCAGUGCACAGCUCCAGGAUUAGCUUCUUAGGAGAAAACAAUAAAAAUACAUCAGUAACAAUACAUGUACAUCCUAACCAAAAGUUAUUAAGAGCUUCACGCUAUCAAACAUCCAGUAAAGAUUAGAGGUUUUUAAAGGGCUGCAUACUGUCUGGAGAGAUAAGAUAAGGGAAAGGUAGGGGAACUUUAUUUUUAAGGCACUGGAAAUUCCAGGGGAAAGGGAGGGGUAUUGGUACCUUUGAUCAAUCAACAAUAAUGAUCUCCUGUCUCUGAAGGGGAAAAAGUGACAGCACUUUUCUCUUUUUUUUCCCAAGGGGUAUAAUUCCUUUAAGGGGUACAAAAGAUUAAAUUGACCCAAAGAAAGGUUCAUGUAAUAUUUGUAUGAUAACAAAAAAGACAAUGCCUUGAAGCAUUAUUUGAUGCAAAAUGACCAAUCAAGAAUAAGCAAACCCUCUAUUACAAUUUCCAUUUUAGAACUCAAAUGGAAGCCUUCCUUCCCAGACAUUUUUUUUUAUUUUAAUCAUGUCACAUUCUUAAACCCCUAAAAACACCUUAAAACAUCUGUCUACAAAGAUGCUACCAUGGAAACUUAUUUUUGUGAUACAUUUUUAACAUUUCUGAUAACAUUUUAUUUUAAUAGUGCCGAGUCUAGUGCAAUUAAUUGUUACAAAUAAAUUUUCAGGGCACUCGGUCAUCAGUAGUUUCAAAGUCCAUCAUAGGAAUGUUACAUUUUGCCAGCUUUAUACCAUAUGACUGGAGGGAAAAAAUAAAAAACAAUGGUGGAGGGUAAGUCAUUGAUAGUCUUUGUUAAAUAUGUUUGGAUGUUAAAAGUAGGUUUUAACCUACUUCUAACCAGGAACAGCGGAAACUUCCAGAAUAAUAAAAAUGAGCUGUCCAUUCUUCAGUCCUGCAGGCAAGCUUUUUCUCCAUCUCCCUUGCAUGGCCAUUGCACCUUGUUUUGCUUAUGAUUCACCACUCACAUUUUCUCAAAUGAAAAGCAUGCUCACAGGCUUUUUUUUGUGUAGUCUUGUAGUAAUGUAAGUUUCCUGGUAAACUGGGAUCAAUCAAGCCGCAAUUCUUGAUCCAUGAUCUUUGAUCUUGUACAUGUACAUUAGGAAACCUAGUAAUGUAUCAGUAAAAGUGCAUGAUUCGUGUUGCUCAUACAUUGUCACUGAAUGUUUGGAGUUAAGUAAGUAUGACUAACUGCUGAAAAAUUUGUUAGCCUUUGCAUAACUUUUGUAGCAGCAGGAUUAGCUCAGUCGGUGGAGCCAGGAGUGCUUGACUGGAGAGCGGGAAGUCAUGGGCUCAGUUCCCAGGGCCGGACUAACACUUGGGGUUUUAUAAUAACUGAGGAACAAAGUUACUGUCUUUGCCCUGCAAAUGGCUAGACCCUCAUGUGGCUCAAAAUGACCAUACAAAGUGGUGCAGGUCUUGUCUUUAGUAGGGGACUUACUGCAAAUGACCUAAUAGACGCCCAGUUCUAAAUAAACACUUCUUAUCUAACAAACACCCCCUCUAUGCUGUUAUUGUAUUAGACAGGGUUGUCAUUAAGAGCCGGGGGCCGGGGAUUUUCCCCGGCUACUAAGAGAGUGGCCCCCGGCUACUUUGAUUGGAAAAUAGAAGAAAAAUAGAACCAAAAGAAAUCCGUAGCCGUUUGAUUCCCCGCCUACUUGUUGUGUUUACCCAGCAACUUGAAAUCUUAGUGACAACCCUGAUUAGAUGCCUCUCUCUAAUAAAUGCCCCCUGUCUUAUAGGCUCCCCCUAUGACAAUUACUCCAAAAUACUAAGAAAUAACAGUUUCUUGCUUGAUUAACAAGGCUUUGCAUAUUUCAUCUUAUUCAACGUGAAGUUCAAAGUAAGAAUAGACAAACAAUGGCAACACAAUAACCCUGAGCUAGGAUUCUGACAUGGACGUUGGGAUUUGAAAGAGUGAUGUUGAUCUCUAGACGGUCUAGACGUCUCAAUUGAUGGAGUGGAUAUUCCUUUUUUUUUAAAACUCUCUUGAUAUUUCUGCCAAAAGCAUAUUAGUUUGUUGAGCUCGUUACAGUUAUCAGAAUCAAUGUCUGUGUCUUUUAAUGCCUCCUAUCUAUUAAACACCCCUGUUUGGACCUGUAAAAUUAAAAAGACACCCCAGACAUUUAUUAGGUCAUUUACAGUAAAUAUACACUUGCAGUGCCCUCUGUUCGGUUUAAUACAGCGCGACAACCUUGCAAGAUGCCAUGCUUUUAAUGCCUACUUCAUGUAAGAUGCAUCCUAGUUACAUAAACUUACAAACAGCUAAAUAUGGUCAAAACAACCAUAUACGUAACAUCUCCCUUUUCUUAACAAAAAAAAUAAGCAAUCAAAAGUGUAACUAACACAAUAGAACACUGUCCUCUCUUAAGCGAAAUCUGAUCAGACUGACCGAACCUAGACCCAAGAAAAAACUAAAAUGUUUAAAGUCUCAAACAGUUCCACAUUAUAAAGACUCAAACAGUUCUACAUUUCAAAGUCUCAAACAGUUCAACAUUUUAAAGUCUCAAACAGUUUCACAUUUCAAAGUCUCAAACAGUUCAACAUUUUAAAGUCUCCAACAGUUCCACAUUUCAAAGUCUCAAACAGUUCAACAUUUCAUGUCAAAAUCCUUGAAUCUCCCUGGUGGACGAAUGCUGCGCGUCCUUGUCUUGAUACCAGGUACUGAAGCCUUUGUCUCUUCAGGAAUGUCGCCACUUGAGGAGGUUUUGGAAGGACUGCUGGUAGGCUUAACUUGGUGUACCGGAUCUCUGUGUGUAACAUUGUCAGGGUUGGCGUCUCUAUUGGCUUGUACUGACGGUUCCCUUGCAGGCUUUAGGAACUGCCUGUUUCUUCUUAAUGACGUCCCACCCGUUUGAACUACGUAUGACCUGUCUGACAGCUUCUCAGUGCAGAUUCCUUGCUCCCAUGUUCGAUUCUUACGAAGGGGUGCGACUCUCACUUCCUGCCCAAUUUCCAGCUCUGGCAACAGUCUGACAUGUUUGUCAUGGUAGAAUUUGGCCUUUUGUCUUUUCAGCUGAAGACUAUCAACAGAACUGUGAUUUACAGUAGGGCGCAGCAGACUUGCAGCGGUCGGCAACAAGGUACGGGUUCGCCUUGACAUAAGCCUCUGGGCGGGCUUGCCCCUACACCUUCUGUGGGGGUGUUACGAUAGUCGAGUAAAGCUAGCCAGGGUCUUGUCUGUCACGCCUGCUUUCUUGAAAAGCUGCUUAACAAUCUUUACAGACGAUUCUGCUUUGCCAUUACUCUUCGGAUGGUGAGGUGAAGAUGUGACAUGAUUGAAUUCCCAGGAGAGGGCGAACUCAUGAAACUCUUGGCUGCUGAACUGAGAUCCAUUGUCUGAAACGACUGUAUCCGGGAUACCGUGUCUACUAAACUGCUCUUUCAGGGCCUGUAUGACUGAAGUGGAAGUAGUGUCCUGCAGCUCACUAACUUCAAUGAAGUCAGAAAAAUAGUCCACAACCGUGAUGUAGUUCUUGGAGUGUAAUGUGAACAAAUCUGUAGCUAUCUUACUCCAAGGACGGUCUGGAAUUUGGUGUGACUGCAUUGGCUGACUUGCAUUCUUAGCUUGAAAUUCGGCACAUACUGAGCACUUCUCAACCUGGUCUUUGAUUUCAGCACUCAUUCCUGGCCAGAACACAAUAUCUCUAGCCUUUUGUAAGCAUGAAGCAACACCUUGUUGACUUGAAUGGAUCCUUGAAAGUAUCUGCGGUCUCAUGGCUUUAGGGACUAUCACUCUUUGGUUCUUGAACAAAAUCCCAUUGUGGAGUGAAAUCUCUUCUCUGUAAUUCCAAAAAUCUCUCACUUGUAUUGGCACUUGUUCUUUCUUCUCAGGCCAGCCGGUAACUACUGUUGUCUUAAGGGUUUCUAGAGCCAGGUCUUGGGCUGUGGCUUUCUGCAACUGUGUUAAUCUCUCAGGGGUUACUUUGAUAGAGUCAAAAGGAUUGAGUGACUCGAGCUCAAGACCAAAUACUUGAAAACUGUCUUGUGUGUUGUCUGUAGCUUUCAGUGAGGCUCUGGAGAGGUGAUCGGCAAUGAACAUCUGAGUGCCGGGCUUAUAGUUAACAUCAAGAUUGAAGCGCUGCAACCUUAGUAGCAUACGUUGCAGGCGACAAGGAGCAGAAAGAAUGGACUUUCGGAAGAUGCUCUGCAACGGCUUGUGGUCUGUUUCAACUGUGAUUUUCUCACGACCAGCAAGGUACUGACUAAAUCUUUCGCAGGAGAAGACAAUAGCCAAACACUCUUUCUCAAUUUGGGCGUACUGUCUCUCAGUUUGUGAUAAAGAUCGUGAAGCAAAAGCAACGGGUUGGCCGUUUUGCAGAAGGGCUGCUCCUAACCCAUGUUCGCUGGCAUCACACUGCACCACCACUGGUUCUUGUACAUCAUAAUACUUAAGCACAGGAUGCUUGACUACUAGCUCACGUACUUCCUUGAAUGCUGUCUCAUGCUGCUGUGACCAGAUGAACUUUGCUUCCUUUGCGGUCAUUUCUCUCAGUGGCUGCACAACUUCUGACAGCUUUGGAAGAAACUUAGAUAAAUAAUUUACAAAUCCCAGCAGCCCCAGCAGCUCCUUCUUAGAUGUGGGUCUUGGCAUUUGCUGAACAGCCUUGAUUUUUUCCGGAUCGGGCUUGAGACCAUCUUUUGUAAUUAGAUGACCCAUGAAUUUGACUUCAGUCUUACGAAGAUUUAACUUGCUGCUGUUUAAGCGUAGGUUGGCUUUGCGAGCCUGCUCAAGUAAGCGGGUCAAGUUCUCAUCAUGAUUUCUAUUGGCUUCAACUUCAUUUUCUCCAUAGCCCAUCACCAAUAUAUCAUCCCUUAUCACUGCUACCCCAGGAAGACCUUCCAGCUUCUCAUGGAGUUUACGUUCAAACUCUUCUGGAGCUAGAUUAAUUCCAAAAGGUAACCUUAGGUACUUGUAGCGGCCAAAGGGUGUCCAGAAUGUGGUCUUCAGACUGCUCUGCUCAUCUAAUCCAACUUGAUAAAAUCCAUCUUUAGCAUCCAAAGUGGUGAACACCUUUGCUUUACUGAGCUUGGGUAGUAAUUCGUCUAGAGUUGGCAUUUGGUACUUGGGGCGAAUGACUGCUUUAUUCAGAUCUUGGGGAUCAAGACAAAUUCUUAUCUUGCUUGGCGUGGUGACCACUACCAUGCUGCUAAUCCAUUCUGUUGGUAUUGUGACCUUUUCCACAAUUCCUUUGCUUUCUAAGUCCUCCAGUUUUCCUUUAACUUUAUCUCUGAGGGCUAUUGGGACUCGGCGUGGAGAGUGCUGUGUGGGCUUUACCAGAGGAUCAGUGACGAUGGUUGUGUUCCCAAUAUGUCCUAAUCCUUCAAAAACAUCCCUGUAGUUGGCCAUAAUUUGCUCUCUGGUGAGGAUUUUGCUCUCCAGUGAGUGGACCAUCAAAUAAUUUGAGCUUAGAUUUGGUCACGUUUAGAGGAGGAUUGCCAUCUUGCAGCAGCUGGACUAAAUCUGUGUAGCUGAUCACAUUGCAAGUGGAACCAGUGUCUAACUGACAAACUAACGGUACUUUCUCAUCAUCAUCUACCAAAAACGUAAUGCUGGAUGUCAUUUGCUUUCCAUGCCCUUUAAUUGCAGAAAUUUCUUCUAUCUUCAGUAUGGAUUCCUCUGAAUCAUAAUCAUCGACGUUAGCUUCUUCUGCAAAAUGGACGGUUCCACGGCUAUCUUUUCUUGACAAACACACUUUGCUGAAGUGAUUCAUCUUCUUACAAAUUCUACAUUGCUGGCCAUAAGCUGGGCAAUCGGUGGGCUUUGAAUGCCAUUUGGCCUGACCACAAAACUUGCAUUUUCACGUUUUCUUUGAACCUUUAGUGGUCUUGUUUGAAUUUGAAGGUCUUGGUUUCUUGGUCUUAGUUUUACUUUUGUCUUGGACUAGAUGAAGCUCUUCAUUCGACUGCUUGCUUUCGUGCUGAAGCGACUUGAUCUGCUUGUUUGUAAUCUCACUCGAUUUGCACAUGUCGAGAGCCUUAUCCAAGGAUAAAUCUUUCUCACGGAGCAAUCUAGCUUUUGUGCCGGUAUCUUGUAUGCCAAUGACGAGCCUAUCACGAAUCAUCUCUUCGGUGAGUGUUCCAAACUGACAAGAGGAUGCUAGUUUCCUCAACCUAUUAACAUAGCCGUCAACAGUUUCCUCAGGUGUUUGAAUACAGGAAUUGAAAACAUACCUUUCGUACACUACGUUUCGUUUAGGAAGAAAAUAAUCUUCUAGCGCAGACAACGAUGACGUGAUCGUGAUUUCUUCAUCGCCAAAGUUAAGAUUAAGAAAGAUCUGGAGACAGUCUUUUCCCAUGACUGAACGAAAGGUCGCCACACGAAUCGCUUGACUCUUUUGAUCCAAUCCUGUUGCCACUUCGUAAUCCUGCCAUUGUUGCUUAAAAAAUUCCCAGUUACUGGUGAGAUCGCCUUGGCAAACCAUAGCGCUUGGUACUGGAAAAUUUGAAGGAACACUGAUUAUUUGAACUGGCGGCGGCGGCGCCGCUUCUGGAGAAGUUGGCAUUGCUCUAUGCUCGCACGUGGUCCAGUGAACUAAACGGCUUGAGAUGCUCUCAGUCGCUUGAAUUCGCUUGAAAAUUGGUCCGCUAUGCCCGGAACCGCUUUCACUGUCUGUAGACUGGACUUCUCUUGUUGAGCGUAUCUAGCUCGCGGUAAAAUAACCAUAAACUUCUGACACCAUGUUCGGUUUAAUACAGCGCGACAACCUUGCAAGAUGCCAUGCUUUUAAUGCCUACUUCAUGUAAGAUGCAUCCUAGUUACAUAAACUUACAAACAGCUAAAUAUGGUCAAAACAACCAUAUACGUAACACCCUCAAUACCUAAGUACUAAAAAAUUAAUACAUUGGCACUCAAAUAUAGUGCAAUUUUUAACAGUAACAAUCUUACAUGUUUCUGUGUUAGUUUGUGCUUAUUUGUGUAUUUAUGAGCUUCAGCGACAAAACAGUUGAAGUUGCUUAGUGCUUUUCUUCUCCUGUAUAGCAGAUUCCAGUGGCAAGUUAACAAUGCUGGUGACAGUAGGUUUGUUUGGGGUAUGGAGGGGCAUGGGUUAGGAGGAUAGCUUAACCAUGCAGCUACUUACAAAUUAAUAAUGUCAUUUUUUCUGAGGUGUCUGUCUUACAGAGGUGUCUAUUAUUAGAGAGUUAACUGUUUAUUAUUUGUUUCUUUUAAGGUAUGUUAAUCAUGCUUUAUAUUGGUCAAUCAUGUCUCCAAACCCAAAUAAUGAAGAUAGAAAACCCUCUGGCAGAUUGGCCCAGCUGAUUGAUGAGACUUUUGGCAGUUUCUCUAACUUUCAGCAAUCUUUUGAGAAUAAUGCUCUUAACAUUUUUGGGUCAGGUUACACAUGGCUAUGCUUUGACAGAGAACAUCAGGGCCUUAAAAUCCUUGGCACAUCAAAUCAAGACAGCCCUUUUAUGAUGGAAGGGCGGUACCCCAUCCUGGUGAUUGAUGUCUGGGAACAUGCCUAUUAUCUGAAACACCAAAAUCGCAGAACACAGUAUGUGCAGGGAUUUUGGAAGGUCAUAAACUGGGAUGCUGUGAGCCAACUGCUGGAAUUUUGGCCAAAACAAGCAAGGCAUGAUGAGCUGUGAAUGUCACUGUGAUGGUUAAUGUUUUAUUCAGAAACCAGCAGCCAUGCUUUGAACUGUUUUUUGAUGAUAGUCCUAAAAUGUAAAAGCUAUGUCAACAGUACCCCACGUGGCAAACAUUGAAAGGGUCAGGGGGGAGAGAAAAAAGGGAGGGUAACCUUUGGUGGCCAGGGUCCUGUCUCUCCAAAUUUCCGGUAAUUAGCAGGCUUGGAACGCUUUUUUACAUUUAUGAUCGAGAUUACAAUAGUUUUGUAGAUAAUAUGAUAAAGCUAUAAGUUUACAAAACAAAAUGGACUAUUGUAAUAGCUAGGUCCCGUGCUUUAAUUCGUUAGAUUUUGACUUACAUAUAUCACUUCGAGCCCCAAAAGUUACAGGUACGUUUGAGAAACGGAUCCCUUGGGUCAAUUGAAUGGAUCUGUUGUUCUCUGACCGUAUCAGCACUUUGAAAAAAAAUGUGUGAAUACAUUCCUAUAUUAAUUUUGUAACCGCAGUUUGCGCUUUAUUACAAUCGAUUAGUAAGUGUAAUUUACGAGUUUAGCUGUUGUUUUCAAGCUCUAAAACAAUGGCUACACUUGCAAGUCACUCAUAUGGAAUACAAAAGUGCUUUAGACCCUGUUUACAUGGAGUGGGGGACCCCGGUCUAGUGGGGUAGGUUUCUUUUGUUAUGUGUCCCCCAGAGCGUGAAAACAAAAGAAACCAACCCCACUAGACCGGGGUCCCCCACUCCAUGUAAACAGGCCCUUAAAGCUCACACAGUCUUGCAGCGUUUUAUAGAACACGUUCUUGAAUUGUGGAAGGAAUCCCUCCAAGGUCCCUGGAGAUGAAAUUCUCGUUCAGAAAAGAAAAAAGGCCAAUGGUUAAAGUGAAGUUAUUAUAACUUGAGUUAACUCGCAAAAAAUGCGCGAUAGAC